AUGUCGAAAUUGUAUUCACCAUCGAAGUUGCCUGUGAUGUCGACAGACAAGCCACGAAUUUCCUGUGGUCAAUAUAAACGUUCAUCCUUCAAUAUUCAACAACGGGACCGUGGGUACUUAGUAAUUGACGAAAGUCAUUUCAAUGUUAAUUCUUCGUGUUUACCUGUCAAAUCCAAUAACGUAAUGGUGCAUAACACAAGUCACCCUCGUACAAAAGCUCAACUGCGUGAAGUAAGCACUAUAAACGAGUCAACUGAGACAACACCAGAAAAGAUUACAUCAGAAAAUUGUAACAAUGAGUGUUUACAAUCAGAAGGCUGCUUAUCUCGCUUAGAAAAUAAGGAGGUAUCAACUUCUGAGGUGGUAAUCGUGUCUUUAAGUUAG